AUAUAAUUAUAUGUUAUUUUUAUAGUUUCUUCUUUUCUGAAAAUAUUUUCAGGUUUGUCAUUUACUUAUUUAAACCUGGUAAGCAGAAUGGGUUUAUCAUCUGCGUCUGAAAAUUCUGAUCCCUGAAGUCCGUGUGGCCUUUUUCUAUUAUCUGUUGUUUCUGCUGGUUCUCCCUCAAGUGCUUUUGCUUUCAUGUGAGUGUGAGUCUCUUUAACUACAUGUUUGACACUGCUCUUGAAAGUUACACAUGAGGGUUUCCUGAGGCUCUGGAGGAAUAUGCUUUCCCCUGGGAGGCUGCGCAUGUGCUACUGUCUGGUGCUUAGACACACUGCUGCCUGGGAACCAUCUCAAACCAAAUUAACGCUUGAGGCUCUCUGGCUCCCUUAGAUUCUGUGUGCUCAGAAUGCAAAUAUACGUGAGAGCUGGUCUGUGGCCAAUAUUUCUAAGGAUUUUUUUCCUUUUCUUUUUUUCUCCUGUUUACGUUUUCUAGUCUCUUGCGGUUAUGAGGCAGAAGAGCAUGUUUAGUUCUGCUUAACUCUCAUGCUGUGGGGGUUGCACCUGUGGUUAAGGGCUGUAGGGACACUUUUGGAACUGUCCUCCUGUGCUGGACUUCUGUCUCCCUCACUCCACAACACUAACAACCUUGGCCAACUGGGUGUUGCCCCCAGUUCCCUCAGGGAAUAUGUAGCUUGUAUCUCCCCUAACCCCGUUCAAUAUAUUAUUCAGAAAACAGGCUUUAUCCUAGAAGUGGACAUUGAGUCGUCAACUUUUAUCAGCUUUUCAAUUUUUAAAGGCAAUCCAAAUAACCUAGCCCUCCUUUUCUGGAAAAAAGAAGUCUUCUGCUAGAAAUAUUGAACUUUGUAAUUAACAAAAGAUAGAAUAACUCAAAAGUUUUUUGCUUUGGGAAUCUGCUGAUAAAAAUGUAGGUGAAUAUAGCUUGAUUUUAUUAAAGAAUUAAUGUUUAUUAUUAAUAGUCAAGAUAAAUCAUUUCAGUUGGCUUCAUUAUUUGUAACGCUGUAUGAAAUUCCAACUAGCACUGUCUUUCUAUCUCUGCACCUGGUACUCAGUUGAUAAAAGUGUUUUGAAAGACCAGGGACACAGAUGGUGACCUGUACUAGUUUUUAAUCAUGUGAACUUAGGCUUCCAUUUUCUCAAUUUUGAAAUGAAAAGGUUGAACUCUGAACUCUGAAAUGAGAAGGUCGUAUCAGUUGAAAAAGUAGCAUGGCUUAUUUCAGAGCUCAUAAUCUGGGCUAAUCACAUUUCAGCUCUUUUCCCUGGGGAAGGAAGGGGAAAACAGGUUUAUCCAGUUACUACUUUUUCCCCCUCUCCUCAGUCUAAAAAAUAAAAGAGUUUGUGGCAGCAUAUGAACAUAAAUGAAUAUAGUAACACAGAAAUAUAUACUGGUACUUUAAAAACAGAGGAAGAGAAAAGAGAUGAACACACACAUUUAUUCCCUAAUGUCCUAUAAUUGGGUCCACAUCUAUGCAAAACUCUGUGGUCGCCCAAGCAGAAAAGAAAACUUGAUUAGUUACUAAACUCACAUUGUGUGUAAAAUAAUGGCAGCCACAGAAAAGCUUUUCUAGAUCCUUGUUCUGAGAAAAUCUUCUCCCAUGGGUUUUUAACAUCAGUUUUCUAGGUCUUCCAUAGUAAAUGACCACAAACUGGGUGGCUCAGAACAAUAGAAAUGUAUUCUCAGUUUAGGAGGAUGGAAGUCUGAAAUCGAGGUGUUGGCAGAUUCUUUUGGGGGAUGCUGAGGCUGUCCCAGGAUGACCUCCCAGCUUCUAGUGGCUGCUGGCAACCCUUGGUAUUCAUUCUUGUUUGUUUGUUUGAGAUGGGGUCUCCCUCUGUUGCCCAGGCUGGAGUGCAGUGGCAUGAUCUUGGCUCACUGCAGCCUCCUCCUUGGGCACAAGCAAUCCUCCUGCCUCAGCCCCCAAGUAGCUGGGAUUACAGGCAUGCACCACCAUGCCUGGCUAUACAUAUACAUAUACAUAUACAUAUAUAUAUAUAUAUACAUACACACACACACACACACAUAUAUAUAUAUGGUAUUUUUUGUAAAGACAGGGUUUUGCCACGUUGCCCAGGCUGAUCUCAAACUCCUGCACUCAAGCCAUCUGCCCGUCUCAGCCUCCUGAGUAGCUGGGACUGCAGGCGUGUGUCACCACGCCUAGCCCUUGGCAUUCUUUAGCUUAUAUUUGUAUCACUCCAAAUUCUACCUGGCAUCUCAUGAGCUUCUCCUCUGUGUGCCUGUUGUCUCUGUAUCCAAAUUUCACUCUCCUUUCUCUUAUUAAGACACCAUUGGAUUUAGAGCCCACCUAAAUCCAGCAGGACCCCAUCUCAACUUGAUUAUAUCUGCAAAGACCCUGUUUCCAAAUAAAACCACAUUCACAUGUACGAGUGGUUAGGUCUUGAAUAUGUAUUUUUGGGGGACAAAAUUCACAGGUCUUUACAAAAGAAAACUUGAAGGGUGUAGCGGAAACAUUUACACCUCCUCCAGCUGCCCUGCUCCCAGAGUAUCCAGCCCCUCCUGUGCUCCACCCUCUUGUAUCUCAUCACCCCAAAGAUGACUCCUUGACCACCUGGAUGUCCGGCAUAUUCUAACAGAUUGUUCUGAACUGCCCAGAGGGGCAUUAAUAAAUAACAAUAGCUGUAUUAGCUGUAUCAGCUAGUUAUUUGUACAAGAAAUAGAAAAAGCACUGUCAGUACUUACUGUGAACUGAAGCUUCCUGGAAGAAUACCAGAUUUUAGAAUCAUGAUCAGUUUAUCUUGGCUGAGUCUAAUUAAGGUUUUGGAAUGAGAAUCUAGCCAUCUUUAUCCUUACUCCAAAUUUCUAUUUGAAUAAACUGCCAUGUUUGCUGCUAUGUUUUAGCUAAAGUAUGCAUUGGGCAGAGUUUUCUGUGCCAAAGUCCAGAGAAGUUAAGACAAUGGAGGUUCUGGGAAGAGUUUUGAGCCUCUGUGGUUAAAUGGGUGCUAUGGUUUGCAUGUGCCCCCCAGAUUCCGUGUACUGGAAACCUAAUCUCCAGCUUCAUAUGUUGAUUGGAGGUGGGGCCUUUGGGAGGUAAUAAGAAUUAGACAAAGUCAUUAAGACGGGGACCCCAUGAUGAGACUAGUGGCUUUAUAAGAAGAAAAGAGACUUGAGGUGGCAGGCUCUUGCCUUUUGCCAUGUGAUGACACAGCAAGAAGCCUCACUAGACACUAGUGCCUUGCUCCUGGACUUCCAAGUCUGCAGAACUGUGAGCUAAAUAAGCUUCUAUUGUUUAUAAAUUAUCCAGUCUGUGGUAUUCUGUGAUAGCAACAGAAAGCAGACCAAGACAGUGAGUUAGACACAGAAGCUGCUCUAAAUGUUAAUUGAGGAGUCUCAAGACAUAAGCAUACUGCUUUGGGGUUCAUACUGGGGCAUAGAGCCCAGGGAGAGGGAGGCUUUGUCAUUUUUCUGUGGACACACAGCUUGACCAUGCAGCAGGGAGGAGGACCAAACGGAAACCUGUGCCAUUCCGUGUAUGAGAACCUUUGCAGCAUGGAGAAUAUAGCAAGUAAGGAAGUCGCCUUCUGUGUGUUAGAGAAGAGACACUGGUAGCUAUGGCAGUGAAUAAGUGACUCCUCUCUCAAACACUUCUAAGUAGAAGACUUACUCAUAUAAGAAAGUUGGCCAGGCUCAGUGGCUCAUACUUGUAAUCCCAGCACUUUGGGAGGCCAAGCCAGGCAGAUCACUCGAGGUCAGCAAUUUGAGACCAGCUUGGCCAAUGUGGUGAAACCCUGUCUUUACUGAAAAAUACAAAAAUUAGCUGGGCGUGGUGGCACACACUUGUAAUCUCAGCUACUUGGGAGGCUGAGGCAGGAGAAUUGCUUGAACCUGGGAAGCAGAGGUUAUAGUGAGCCAAGAUCAUGCCACUACACUCUAGCCUGGGUGACAGAGCAAGACUCUGUCUCAAAAAUAAAAAAAAAAUUUUAAAUGCAAUGCCAAAAUUAAUGAACAUGAGUGAAUUUGUUUCUGAGCAAAUGUGAGACAAUUCUGGAGAGUCCCUGGAACAACUAAGAUAAUUUUUAUUAAAAAAAAAAAUCUUGAAUAGCAACCAUUUUAUUUUUAUUGUGGUAAAAUAUACAUAACAUAAACUAUGCCAUUUUAAUAAUUUUACAAUGUACGAUUCAGCAGCAUUAAGUAUAUUUACAUUGUUGUGCAGUCAUCACCACCAUCUAUGUCCAGAGCUUUUUCAUCAUCCCAAACUGAAACUCUGCACUCAUUAAACAAUAAUUUUCAAUUCUCCCCUUACCCCAGCCCCGACAACUUUGAUUUUACAUUUUGUCUCUAGGAAUUUGACUACCUUAGACAAUAUUUGUACAAUAUUGUACAAUUAUUAGACAACAUUUGUACAAUUGUAAUUUGUAAAUAUUGUACAAUUAUAAAGUAUUGUACAAUGUUUGUCUGUCUUUGUUUGGCUUAUUUCACUUGGCGUAAUGUCCUUAAUGUCCAUCCACAUUGUACCAUGCAUCAGAAUUUCCUUCCUUUUCAUGCCUAAAUAAUAUUCCCUUAUAUGUAUGCACUAUAUUUUGUUUAUCCAGUCACCUGUUGACAGCCAGGAGAACUCUAAAUGUGGGGACUGAGGUCCUGCAUAUAUGUUGAUGGGAACUAACAAGGUGACAGAGUUCAGACGCCAAGACUAGCAAGAACUCAGUUGCACCACCCAGGUUACUGAAUUGUGUGAUUCUUUUCAUCUGGCAAAUGUCUUUUUUUACAGCUGAGGAAAUGAACCCCCAGCUUGCUAAAGUCCUCGUAUGUGCUGUCCCCUCUGCCCAUGCUUGUCCCCUGAUGACUGGAAUUGGGCUUUGGCUCUGCCAAGAAUGAAUGAUUGGCCAGGUGUGGUGGCUCACGCCUGUAAUCCCAGCACUUUGGGAGGCCAAGGUGGAUGGAACUCUUGAGGUCAGGGGUUCGAGACCAGCCUGGCCAGCAUGGUGAAACCCAUCUCUACUAAAAAUACAAAAAUUAGCCAGACAUGGUGAUGCACACCUGUAAUUCCAGCUACUCAGGAGGGAGGUGUAAGAAUCACUUGAACCCGAGACGCGGAGGUUGCAGUGAGCAGAGAUCGUGCCACUGCACUCGAGCCUGGGUGACAGAGCAAGACUCUGUCUUAAAAAACAAACAAAACAAAAAACAAUGAAUAAUUGGCUUCUCUCCCUUAAGCCUUGCAAGUAGAAUCAGGGGGCCGUCCAGCCCAGUCACAAGAAAACUGAAGUGACCUCUCUUCUCUCUGACUGCCAACAGAAUGGGUCACAAGAAACAAGCUCUUUCUAUCGUUAUUGGAAUUCUUAAUUUAUCUUUGUGAAAAUAAAUCCUAUUUACAUAAAAAGAACUUUAUCAGAUUUACUUGUUCAUGUUCUCUCAAGAGUUAUAUAGAAUUAGUAGAUAUAUUCCCAAAUUGCCAUAUUGUCAGAUGGGCAAUUUGGCCCAUCUGACUGAUAGAACACUGAGAGGGUGUGAUUGAUGUGUGCAGAAGAACACAGCUGGAGGGCCAUUUGAGUGUAAUUACUUGGGGUUUUAUUACUCUCCUUGCAAAUGAAAAAUGUGAAGACGUGGAAGUGCCAAUUGUUCCAAAUUACUUGAAAUAGUUUCUGUUAAUAUCCAACCCCUUUCUGCAAUUGUAUUGCCAAGCCCAAAAGGAAAUUACCAGAUUUUUGUAUAGAUUGUUAAGGUGGCUGAGCAUGGUGGCUCACACCUGUAAUCGCAGCACUUUGGGAGGCCGAGGUGGGAGCAUUGCUUGAGCCCAAGCAUUCAAGACUAGCCUGGGCAACAUAGGGAGACCCCAUCUCUACAAAAAAUUUAAAAAUUAGUCAGGUAUAGUGAAGCCCACGUGUGGUCUUAGCUAUUCAGGUGGCUGAGGUGGGAGGAUUGCUUGAGCCCAGGAGGUUGAGGCUGCAGUGAGCACCACUGCACUCCAACCUGGGAGACAGAAUAAGACUCUGUCUCAAAACAAAAAACAAACAAAAAGGCUGGGCACAGUGGCUCAGGCCUGUAACCCUAGCACUUUGGGAGGCCAAGGUGGGAGGAUCACCUGGCGUCAAGAGUUCGAGACCAGCCUGGCCAACAUGGUGAAAACUCAUCUGUACUAAAAAUAUAAAAAUUAGCUGGGCAUGGUGGCGGGCACCUGUAAUCCCAGCUACUUGGGAGGCUGAGACAGGAGUAUUGCUGGAAACUGGGAGGUGGAGGUUGCAGUGAGCCAAGAUCGCGCCAUUGCACUCCAACCUGGGCAACGGAGCAAGAACUCCAUUUCAAACAAAUAAACAAUAAAAAUAACAACAACAAAAUAUAUACAUCCAUAUAUAUUGGUUAAGCUAUAUACACACACAUAUAUAUAGCUUAAUAAAACAAUUACAUGGUUGAAAUAUGAUCAUCAGAAAAGAUACCUGAAUUCAAUUAGAAGAGUAUGUGUCACAUCUUUGAGGCUCAAUGGAAUACUGAUAACAAAUUAAUAAAUAAAUAGCCACAUAGAAAAUACAAUAUAACUUUAUACAAAUAAUAGUAUAUUGCCAUAGCUAGAUAUGUAAAGUCUCCUUGACACAUAAACAGUAAGAGGAAAAACCACAAAUCAAAUCAAACUUUUUAAAAUCUUUUUUCCCUUUCUAAUUUUUUUUAGUUAGCUUUGAGUUCAGCUAUCAAAACCAAACUUUUUUUAACUCAUUUUCUCUCCUGACAAAAAAAAAAAGCAUAAGUAGAGAAAUAAAAUAAAAUUGGGAAUAUUCGUUUUAUUCCACAAAAAUGAACUGAGCAACUCUGAGUGGAACUUUGGUUACAGAAGAGACAAGCUGCUUCCUGAGAUAGGGGGAUUUUACGAAGAAGAUAGAACGAGAGAAUACAAAUAAUGGUUGAUAUAAUAAUUUGCAAUUGAAGUUGAGACAAACUAAGCCAACUUCCCAACUCUCCCACUUCUCAGGAGUGAUAUCAAUGUCUUAUUAAUUUAAUGAAGCCCUAGGAAUCAUGAAACUGAGUUGUACUUUGGAGAAAAGGAAUCAAAAGUCUCUCUCUCUCAUUGAAGAUACCAAAAAGAUAAUUUAAAACACAUAUUCUAUUUGACUUUGUAUUAAUCCAUUUUCAUGCUGCUGAUAAAGACGUACUUGGCCUGGGCAAUUUACAAAGGAAAGAGGUUUAAUGGAGAGCUCCAGUUCCAGGUGGCUGGGGAUGCCUCAUGAUCAUGGCAGAAGGCAUGCAGGAGCAAGUCACAUCUUACAUGGAUGGCAGCAUGCAAAGAGAGCUUAUGCAGGUGAACUCCUGUUUUUAAAGCCAUCAGAUCUCAUGAGACUUACUCAGUAUCACAAGAACAGCUUGGAAAAAAACCCACCCCAUGAUUCAAUUACUUCCCAUCAGGUUCCUCCCACAACACAUGGGAAUUGUGGGAGCUACAAGGUGAGAUUUGGGUGGGGACACAGAGCCGAACAAUAUCAUUCUGCCCUUAGCCCCUCCCAAAACUCAUGUCUUCACAUUUCAAAACCAAUCAUGCCUUCCCAACAGUCCCACGAAGUCUUAACUCAUUUCAGUAUUAACUCAAAAGUCCACAGUCCAAAGUCUUAUCCAGAUAAGGGAAGUCCCUUCUGCCUAUGAGCCUGUAAAAUCAAAAGCAAGCUAGUUACUUCCUAGACGUAAUGUAGGUACAGGAAUUGGGUAAAUACAACCAUUCCAAAUGGGGGAAAUUGGCCAAAACAAAGUGGCUACAGGCCCCAUGCGAGUCCGAAAUCCAGCAGGGGAGUCAAAUCUUAAAGCUCCAAAAUGAUCUCCUUUGACUCCAUGUCUCACAUCCAGGUCACGCUGAUGCAAGAGGCGGGCUCUCGUGGUCUUGGGCAGCUCUGCCUCUGUGGCUUAGCAGAGUACAGCCUCCUCCCGGCUGUUUUCACAGGCCGGCAUUGAGCGUUUGCAGCUUUUUGAGGUACAUGGCGCAAGCUAUUGGUGGAUCUACCAUCCUGGGGUCUGGAGGACGGUGGCCCUCUUCUGGGCACAGCUCCACUAGGCAGUGCCCCAGGAGGGACUGUGUGUGGGGUCUCUGACCCCCCAUCUCCCUCCUGCACUGCCCUAGCAGAGGUUCUCCAUGACAGCCCUACACCUGCAGCAAACUUCUGCCUGGGCAUCCAGGCGUUUCCAUACAUCCUCUGAAAUCUAGGAGGAGGUUCCCAAACCUCAAUUCUUGACUUCUGUGUACUGGCAGGCUCAACACCACAUGGAAGCUGCCAAGGCUUGAUGCUUGCACCCUCUGAAGCCACAGCCUGAGCUCCACUAUUGCUCCUUUCAGCCAUGGUUGAAGUGGCUGGGACGCAAGGCACUAAGUCCCUAUGCUGCACACAGCGUAGGGACCCUGGGCCUGGCACAUGAAACCACUUUUUCUGCUAGGCCUCUGGGGCUGUGAUGGGAUGGCCUGCCGUGAAAACCUCUGACGUGCUCUGGAUAUAUUUUCCCCAUUGUCUUGGAGAUUAACAUUCGGCUCCUCGUUACUUAUGCAAAUUUCUGCAGCUGGCUUGAGUUUCCCCUCAGACAAUAAGAUUUUCUUUUCUAUCGCAUUGUCAGGCUGCAAAUUUUCCAAACUUUUAUGCCCUGUUUCCCUUUUAAAUCUGAAUGCCUUUAACAACACUCAAGUCUCCUCUUGAACGCUUUGCUGCUUAGAAAUUUCUUCCCCCGGAUACUCUAAAUCAUCUCUCGCAAGCUCAAAGUUCCACAGUCUCUAGGGCAGGGACAAAAUGCCACCAAGUCUCUUUGCUAAAACAUAACAAAAGUCACCUUUGGUCCAGUUCCCAACAAGUUCCUCACCUCCAUCUGAGGCCACCUCAGCCUGGAUCUUAUUGUUCAUAUCACUAUCAGCAUUUUUGUCCAAACCAUUCAACAAGUGUCUAGGAAGUUCCAAACUUUCCCACAUUUUCCUGUCUUCUUCUGAGCCCUCCAAACUGUUCCAUCCUCUGCCUGUUACCCAGGUCUAAAGUCAUUUUCACAUUUUCGAGUAUCUUUCCAGCAACACCCCACUCUACUGGUACCAAUCUACUGUAUUAGUCUGUUUUCACACUGCUGAUAAAGACAUACUCGAGAAUGGGCGAUUUACAAAGGAAAGACGUUUAAUGGAGAGCUCACAGUUCUGCGUGUCUGGGGAUGCCUCACAAUCAUGGUGGAAGGCAAGGAGGAGCAAGUCACAUCUUACGUGGAUGUCCAGAGAGCUUGUGCAGACACACAAAAAAGGCCAGUCAUGAAUCACCCCAAAUUGGAAGCAACCAAGAUGUCCUUCAGCGUGUGAGUGUGAAUGGAUAAGCAAACUAUGGUGCAUUCAGGUUAGGCGAUGCUUUCCUUCGCUGUCCAGUUUGCAGAGCCGUCUUGGAGCUGGCGCGGGUCCUCCCUCCGUCGUCCUGGCUCUUGGAAAGGAACCAGGCGGGCUGAGGAACUGGAGCGCCCUCGUCCGCCCUCAAGUCCUUGGAAAGCGCAGGCCUCGUGCGCUCUCCAGCGCCCUCCCAGGGCGCAAGGGCAGGACAGGUACACCCCGCGUGCUGCGGUGGCGAUCAGCGCGGACACGGAGCCCGGCUCCACCCGUCCGCCCAGCCUUGUGGUUCUGCCAGAGCGCCGGGCGCAGAGCAAGCGGGUCUGAGCUCCAGCACCUUUGGCAGCUCCCGGCCCCGGGGUGCGAACGGCAGCCGUGGCUCACCGCUUCAGGAGCAGGCGACCAGGACACUAGGAAGAGAAGCCCGGACCAGGGCUAGUUUGUUUCCCCACCUCCUCUGGCCAGCUCAGGUUCUUAAACCCGCCGUGCAACAGACGCAGGAAACACUGACGGGAACACACGUGCCGGUGCUACCGUCCAGUGACUGGACUAGAUCCUUGCGCAACUUCAACCCGCGCUAGCUCCGCCCACGGCCGGCCACGCCCCGUCUUCUCACCGGCGCGCCUCCCUCUUGUUCGUCCUCCCUCCCCCUGUGGACUGCGGCGCUGGCGUUCCGCGCACGCCGGCUCACUGCGCCUGCGCGGCGUGUGGACGCCACACGCUCCCGGAAGUGGGAGGUGGCCGCUGGAGUUUGUGUGGCCGCCGCCGCGGGAACGCGAGCCCGGUAAUUUUUCAACGGAGAAAGGCGAGGCUUUCGGGCUCUGCAGAGUGAGAGUUAGCAAGUGUCCGGCUCCAGCAACUCUCCUCUGGCGUGACAGCCGGCAUGGAGGAUCCACAGAGUAAAGAGCCUGCCGGCGAGGCCGUGGCUCCCGCGCUGCUGGAGUCGCCGCGGCCGGAGGGCGGGGAGGAGCCGCCGCGUCCCAGUCCCGAGGUGAGGAGUCGGCCCGCGCCUGGCUGUUGGCGCCAGCUGCCCCGUCCCCAAAGCGCCCUCGGCACCCCUUUCUUCUCAGGUGUCCCGCAGAAGGUGCAGCUGUGCGCCCUUGGACCCCAGCCUCUUCUUCGGUGCCCAGCUCCCUGGCUUUAUCCUCGGGAAACUCAACAGUGUAAAUUUGAUGGCCAGGAGACAAAAGGAUCCAAGUUCAUUACCUCCAGUGCGAGUGACUUCAGCGACCCGGUUUACAAAGAGAUUGCCAUUACGAAUGGCUGUAUUAAUAGAAUGAGUAAGGAAGAACUCAGAGCUAAGCUUUCAGAAUUCAAGCUUGAAACUAGAGGAGUAAAGGAUGUUCUAAAGAAGAGACUGAAAAACUAUUAUAAGAAGCAGAAGCUGAUGCUGAAAGAGAGCAAUUGUGCUGACAGUUAUUAUGACUACAUUUGUAUUAUUGACUUUGAAGCCACUUGUGAAGAAGGAAACCCACCUGAGUUUGUACAUGAAAUAAUUGAAUUUCCGGUUGUUUUACUGAAUACGCAUACUUUAGAAAUAGAAGACACGUUUCAGCAGUAUGUAAGACCAGAGAUUAACACACAGCUGUCUGAUUUCUGCAUCAGUCUAACUGGAAUUACUCAGGAUCAGGUAGACAGAGCUGAUACCUUCCCUCAGGUGCUAAAAAAAGUAAUUGACUGGAUGAAAUUGAAGGAAUUAGGAACAAAGUAUAAAUACUCACUUUUAACAGAUGGUUCUUGGGAUAUGAGUAAGUUCUUGAACAUUCAGUGUCAACUCAGCAGGCUCAAAUACCCUCCUUUUGCUAAAAAGUGGAUCAAUAUUCGGAAGUCAUAUGGAAAUUUUUACAAGGUUCCUAGAAGCCAAACCAAACUGACAAUAAUGCUUGAAAAAUUAGGAAUGGAUUAUGAUGGGCGGCCUCACUGUGGUCUUGAUGACUCUAAGAAUAUCGCCCGAAUAGCAGUUCGAAUGCUUCAGGAUGGGUGUGAACUCCGAAUCAACGAGAAAAUGCAUGCAGGACAGCUAAUGAGUGUGUCCUCUUCCUUACCAAUAGAGGGCACUCCACCACCACAAAUGCCACAUUUUAGAAAGUAACAACAGUUUUGUGUGUGAAUCAUUCCAAUUGAAGUUGCUAUGAAGAGGUAGCAGAUGAAUCUCAUUGAAUUAGUCCUAUAGUGCAAACUAAGCACCUUAAAACAUUUAAAAUCUUACUACAGGUGAUAGAGAUAGAUACAUGUAUGUGAACAGAUUUUGUAGGAAGGCAUACUGAAUUCUUUGUCACCAGCACUUUUGAUAUGAGCAGUAUUCGUUACAUAGUAACAGUUCCUGCUUAGAACUGAAUUUUAUAAUUUAAGGUGUUCAAGAUAUAUUCUUUUUGGUUUUAAAAUGCAAAAUCUUAUUGGCUGUUCUCUUGAAUGUCCUAUCUUACUGGUGUUUAAAUAUGUAAUGUGUUUCUUUAUUAACAUCACUAGAUGAAACCAUAUCUUAAAAUGCAGAAAUGAUUGGAAGGUAGAUCUUAUCUAGCCUUUGGAUUUCAAGAAUAUCAUAGUCCUUUUGAUUUUCAAAGUUUAUAUGUGAAGUUCACCAUGUAUGUGGUGAAUUUCGUAAGGUACUUGGUAUACAUAUCUGCCUAUGUUUCUUUUCAACUCAUAAUUGGAAGAAUUAUGAUGGAUUAUAGGGUUUGGUUAAAAAUCCAGUUAAGGAGUUAAUGAAAACUUAGAAGAAAGUACUAAAAGGAAUAUCAUAAGGGCUGUAGCUCAAACUUCAUAAUACAUAAAUCACUGGGGUCUUUUUGGAUUUGGUUGUUUGAUUCGCCUUCCUUUUUUGACAUAUGUAUGCCUUAAUUCUUAAAUCUGAGGGACCAUGCUUUGAAAUAGACUGAAAAUUAAGGGUCACCACCUAAUUUUACUUUGUAUUCAGUAUCGUAAGUGAGGUUAAUAAAGUCAGUACUUCCUACCAUAUAUUACGUUUUUGUUAUUAAAAAACUUCAUUGGCCACUAGUGAAGUUAGUCAAUAAAAGACUUGUUUUUCUGAUUUUACAUAGUAAAUGGCUGCUAAGUAUUGAGUAAUUCUUAACUAAUUCUAAAAACUAAAAUGUGCAUUUCGACUUGAUAAGGUAAAACUCUUAUCUAGAGGCUAAACCCAUGUAUUUUCAGAAUUGAAUUUUUCUCCUUGUAGCUUUCAGGGAACAAUUUCAUUGACAUUGCUUACUUCCUGCCUUUUACCUUUUAAUAAAAAUUGUGAUGCUACUUUAUUCUAAAGAUUUAUGUUUUAUAACCAAAUGAAUUUCCUCAAAGGUUUCCAAACCUAUAUCAUAUAGGGUGAAAAGCAGGAAAGUAGACAUUUUUCUUGGCGUGGGAAUUGUCUACAUAGGGCGGUAGAUUUCUUAAGCCAAUGAAUUUCUGCUUUUCAGCAGUAGUCAUAUAAUCAGUACCAUAAAGAAUAAUGUGUAAAUAAAAGAAGGCAUAUGAGUGUGUGGUGUUCCUAGAUGAACUGUUACAGAUUAUAGUAAAAUAAGGAAAUCUAAGUGCUUUAAGUUUAUACAGUUAACUCUUAGGAUAAGAGGGAUGUAUGCUGAGAUGUUUGUGCAUCCCAGAUAGCACUGUACGAUAACCUGUAAAGUAUUACUGAAUACUGAAUAGCUGAAACUGCAAUUGGAAAAUCUGAUGAUGACGAGGAAAUAUUACGUUUCCAGUUUUUUUAGCUCUAUCUGCUAACUUCUUUGCCUAUUUUCACUUUCGCCAAGUACCAACAAGCUCAUGUUGUAUUUCUUUUUAAGAACUUCAACAUUAUAAGCUCUCGGUACCCUAUUUUGUUGUUGUUGUUGUUGUUUGAGACAGAGUUUUUGCUCGUCUGCCAGGAUGGAGUGCAGUGGUGCGAUCUUGGCUCACUGCAACCUCCGCCUCCUGGGCUCAGGUGAUCCUCUUGCCUCAGCCUCCUGAGUAGCUCGGAUUACAGGCGCGUGCCACCACACCCGCCUAAUUUUUGUAUUUUUGGUAGAGGCGGGGUUUCACCAUGUUGGUCAGGCUGGUCUCGAACUCCUGACCUCAAGUGAUUUGCCCACCUUGACCUCCUACAGACGUGAGCCACUGCGCUCAGCCAUAGAUUUUACCAUCUUAACCCAUUUUAAUUCCUCUGUUGAGUCUCUGUCCUCCCCUCCAAUUUGAUUUGGGAUUUUGCUGAUGAGACGAUACUAAACAUUGAGAGUACUGCUUUUUACUCUGACUUUUAUUGUGUUGUCUUUGAAAGACAAAUAGUACAACUUGUUACGAGGAAACACGUAAGAGAUGGAUGUCCAUGAAAACAAUAUUAGUAUAUUCUAUUGUUUCUUAUUAAUAGUUACUUAGUAUUUACAAUUUUUUAUUAGCUGUGUUAAUUUUUAUUCUAUGCUUCAUAUGCUCUGACAUUGACAUAGUGGAUUUCUGCUGAUUUUUUUCAAAUCCGCAAUCUUUAUAACCAACUGAAGUAUAUAAUAGAGCAUUACAUUUUAUCUUUAUUUGUGUUCUGUUGGAUCAAGUAUUUAACAUUUGCUCUGAAAAAAAUGUUUUUGUGAUGUGUCUUUGUUGCCUUGAGAUAGAUCUGUUUAUCCUGCCUCCUAGGGAGAAGUUUCUGCCUGGAUUGAAACAAAAAAACACAGGCGUCACAAGCAUGUUACCUAUUAAGAGAGAGAGGGUAUCUCUGAAGACUAAUUAAAUUGGUAAUUUUUAAAAAGAUGUGACCAGUUGACUUUUAGUAUAUCAUCCCAAGUAUUAUCCCCAAAAUGAUAAUGCAAAACAGAAUAAUUUGGAGACCAGGAGAAAAACUGGUAUGAUUACUGGGGAGGGGAAGAAGCACAGGUGGUCAAGAUAAUAAUGCAUGUUUGGCCUCAGCUGUAGGUAGAGUUGCCAAAGAAACUACCUGCCUCACAGAUGAGCACGCACGGGUGCAUUGUCAAAGUCUGAGAAGGAUGUAUUGUACUUUGAAGGAAGACUUUCCAUGUCUAAGCUACCAUGGAGAAGUAUACGCUCCUUGAGACCAGAGACUGUGACUUCUGCGUCUUUGAUUCCAGCGACAUAUGAUAAAAUGUUUUGCACAUAGUUGAAUCCAGCGUUGAUACAUGAAGGACAGCAUUACAUCUUUUUUCUAUUAUACUUAGAAAUUUCCUCUUUCUUCUGCACCACCAACCUGUAUAUCAAGCCUCCUUGCCCCACAAAGCUUCCAAAGCCCGUAAAUUUGUUAAUCUAGAGCAGGGGUCAGCAAACUACCACCCAUGGGCCAAAUCUGGCCUGCUGCCUAUUUUUGUGUGGCCUACAAACUAUGGUUUUUAUAUUCCCUUUUGUUAAUGGCUCAAAAUAAUAUUUUGUAUAAUAUGAAAAUUACGAAAUUUUAGUUUCUCUAAAUAAAGUUGUGGAAAGAA